AGUCUGACUUUGACUACCGUGUGUGAUGUUCUGAAGCAGUACGUUGCUCGGUAGUUUUUUUUGCGAAUAACAAAAACGAAUUUUCAAUUUUUUUUUUUAAUUCUUGUGAGACGUUUGGAAAAAGUGGUGUUUCGUAUGGUUAUGUCAGAGACGGGGGGACUGGCAAUGCACCAGUUACCAAUGCAUCACAGGGGGUUGGUUCAACCUAGCCUCGUCAUGAAUCCUCAUCCUUUGACAGACUCUUGUUCCGUCGAAUCACAAAACAAAAAGAAUCGAAGAACCAGUCACUGUGUAGGAUGUGGAGGACAAAUACACGAUCAGUACAUCCUGAGAGUGGCACCUGACCUCGAAUGGCACGCGGCGUGUUUGAAAUGUCAAGAGUGUCAACGUUUCUUGGACGAAUCGUGUACUUGUUUCGUACGAGACGGAAAAACUUACUGCAAAGUCGACUAUGUAAGGUUAUUCGGCACCAAAUGCGAUAAAUGCGGUCUAUCGUUCAGCAAAAGUGACUUUGUGAUGCGCGCGAAAAGUAAAAUCUACCACAUAGACUGUUUCAGGUGUCGAGCUUGUGCUAGACAAUUAGUACCCGGUGACGAAUUCGCGUUGCGCGACGGCGGAAUUCUAUAUUGCAAAGAAGAUCACGAUGCCAUGGAAAAAACUUCUACGCCGUCGAUGGGACAUACUCCGGGCGCGGAGAGCAACAACAACACCAGCUUGAGUAACAAUAACCACAAUAGUAACUCCACGGAGCUGGGAUGCAUGUCUGAUUCCGGAUCGGAAAGCGGAUCUCACAAAGGCGGUAACGGUGUGCGCAAAUCCGGAAGUGGUACGGGAACGACGGGCGGUACCGGAAGUGACGGUAAACCGACGCGAGUUCGUACAGUGCUCAACGAAAAGCAACUACACACGUUACGUACUUGCUACGCGGCUAAUCCACGACCUGACGCAUUGAUGAAGGAACAACUCGUCGAAAUGACCUCACUAUCGCCGAGGGUCAUAAGGGUUUGGUUCCAAAAUAAGAGAUGCAAGGACAAGAAGAAGACGCUAGCCAUGAAACAGCAGAUGCAGCAAGAAAAGUAUUAUUCACAGGACGGACGUAAAAUGGGUUACGGGGCGAUGCAGGGUAUCCCGAUGGUAGCGUCUUCGCCAGUAAGACACGAUUCCCCGAUUGGAGUUCACCCGUUAGAAGUCCAAGCGUACCAACCUCCUUGGAAAGCUCUAUCCGAUUUCGCACUACACGCAGAUCUAGAACAACCUCACCAACCCGCCUUUCAACAUCUAGUCAAUCAGAUGCACGGCUACGACCUACCACCACCUGCGAUGGGUCCUUCGCCCGGAGGCGGUCCCCCGCAUCCUUUAAUGGGAUCUGGAGGCGUACCCGUUCCGCCUCCGUCGGAUUCGAUGACGCACCCGGACAGUACGGAUAGUUACGUAACAUAUCUGGAUAGCGACGAAAGUCUCCCGGCUAGUCCCUAACAUCCCAAUGCCAUGGGGAUCGACUAGCGCUUCGCGUCUUGGGCAGCCUGCUGGAAGGCGCUGUUAGUUAGACAUUUGACCGCCUACAUGCCUUCUUCAUAGGGGUUACAGUUGAACGUGUUUUAGCGGCGACGCUCAGUAAGUUCGGUUAUGAAAUUUUCUCUAUUAUUGCUAAAAAAAUCAAUAUUUUCAAAUAGCACGUCGAAAAAAAAUUUUUUUUUUCAUUAUAAAAUUUACUUAAAAAGUGUUUUCCUUCCCAUGUUUGAUCCUUCAGAACGCCCGCCAGCUUCAAUUGACUCGAAUCUUGUCCCUUUUAAUGCAGAUGUGACCUUAAGAACGUAGUAAAAGUCACACGGUACCAGGUAGGGCGAAUGCGGUGGAUAAAUCUAACACUGGGAUGUUGUACUUGGUUAGAAAUCUCUUGACGGAGAGUGAGGAAUGAGGCAACUGUUUCGCACACACUUUUCGCAUUUUCAACUUUCGAUGUAAAAUUUUACCGAUAUUUUCGACGGUUUUGACUUGAAAGGGCUACCCAAACGUAAAUAAUCUUCAAUAACUUCUUUGGUAUCUUGGAAACGUUUAAACCACUCGAAAACACGUGGACGCGACAAACAUUCUUCGCCAUACACUUGUUUCAAUAAAUUACAACUUUAAGUUCCAGUUAUUUCAUGGUUUAUGUGAAAUUUCACAACAAUUUGUUGCAUUUUUCAUGCCAAAACAAAAAAUAUACACAAACGAAGGUCGCGGCUAUACUGGUUUGUCUACAGGCUAAUCAACUGACUGUCGCUAACAUUUGGCGCUUGUAGCAGUGCUAGUCUCGUUACUUAAUAACCAAACCUCGUAUAUUUGAUAUUAAUGUGAAACCAAACGAUUUGUUAACUCUUCAAGGUACUUGAUACUUUGAAAUAAUUUUUUUCUGAUCAAACUAUUGGAAUUUCGUUUGGUUUGGGUUAUGAAAUAAAAAACUUUACCAGCUGUUGAAACUCAGAAAAAGACGAUUCCUCGUCCCACAAUUUAGAGAAAAGGUUUGGAAAAUAAAAGUCCCCUGGAUGUCACAUUCAGAAAUAUUUCCUCAAAUUCAAAUUUUUCAUUCCGAGGACCUUCGAAACUUCCCUAAAUAAAGUUUUAUAUUUGAUGUUCGAAAUUUCCUUUUUUGAGUACCUCUCUUUAAAAAAGAUUUCUCUCUCGGGAUUGUGUCGCUGCCAACGCAUUUGAACAUUCUCGACCGUUUCGUCGAACAACUGUCUCAAUAAAACACCAAUACCUGACCCAGAGGAAUUCCAAAUUACCAUUCUUUCAUUGCCCUCUUAAUUUCCUAAUGGUAUACAAUCAACCUAAUCUUCUAUGAUAUACCUGGUAGUACAUUUCAGGAUAAAACCAACAUACCUACAUUCUUCCACCACCUCCUUGCUCCAAUUUUUUGGAAUUUGUACAACUUGUCAUGACAUAUUACUCCAAAAUCACACAAAAUAUCUUCUAACAAGAUAAAAUUUUUUUUGUACGUUUGUAGCGAACACGUCAUGUACCCUCGCAUUGCAAAAUACAUAAUGCAUUUUUUUUCCAUUUUUCGACUGUUUCCCCAAAAAUAAAUAAAAUAAUAAUCUUCUACUCACUGGUACGUAACUUAGAGAUUUCAAAUUAGAUUACAAUUCUAAAUCCUAUCCGAUAUAACUACUUGGUAGCACGUUUUAGGAAAAACCAACAUACGUCCUUCUACCUUCCAAACACCUCUUCCUAUUCCCCACUGACGCGGUCCCAGGCAAGCAGUUGAAUCGAAAUAUUAAAUAAUUAUGGAACUUUGAUUAUUGUUAAUAAUUACAACAGUAAACAUUUUAUUUAUGGGCGUAGGAUUUAAAUGAAUUGCAAUGCUAGUUCCUCGUGAAAAAAAAUGCUAACAAUGAAAAUGACUAACGGUAUGAAUGGCGCGGGUGUGGUAGUCCAACAACCAGCAAAUAACCUCGUUUCGUGUUAUAACCACCGACGAAGAAGGAAAAUUGACUUGACAUGAUCGUGGCACUGGACCCGAUAUACACUGCCAAAAUAGAUCCACCAAACGUCAAGCCUUAUACAACUUUUGGAAUACGAUCGAAAGCCAUCUCAGUUUUAGCUCGAUUUAAGUUCACUCGUCGCGUUUACUGAAGAAGCUUGACUCAUGAUCUGCAUCAGCUGGUUACCCGCAACAAUUCUAUGAUGAUGACUACGAGUACUCAACGAAGCGAAUACGUAGAAUCCUCGAAUUACAGAGACGGAACCCUGGCGGGAAAAUUUGACCACCUAGCUUUCGAUUUAGUCGAAAAAGAGUUGACUAAAGGUAGUCACGCACUUGCAGUUAUCAAACGGAGCGCUCGCAACGAACGGAUCGUAAGCUCCACAAAUUACCGAUUCCGAGGUCUCUCGCCAGUCGUGAGUUUGAUUUGCAUCCUGUCGCUGUGGAAGUCUUAGUUUUUUACUCUUUUAAUAGGACUAGGACCAAUCCUGUACAUUUGGCCCUCUAUCUGGAUCUUCCUGAGAAGCUGAACUCCAGUUCUCGUACCACCUCUGUGCUCGGUCUCUGAGUUUUAGCCCACUUUGCCGAACUCUCUUCUAGCAUUCUUUCUAGAUCCCUCCAGAAUCUUUUUCGUGCCCUGACCCAUCUAACCACAUCCUGUACGCCCAAUUCUCCUCUUAUGUCAUCACUCCUUGUUCUGUCCCUGAGGGUGACUCCCUUGAUGGUUCGCAAUAUUUUCAUCUCUGUGGUCACACACACGGUUCACUGAUUUCGUUUAUUAUAAAAAUUUCGAUUUUUGUGAAAUGUACUGUAUGGAUAUUGAAGAAAUUAUAAUAGUUUCUUGCUCGCUGGCAGAAGAAGAAGAGAAAGAGCAUAAGCUGGCCGGAAAGCCCUGAAUUUGGGUUCAUCAAAUCAAUCAGAAGAGACAGGAGUAUAGAGAAUAUCACACUUUAUUCCCUGAUCUGAUCGAUGAUGACUCCAGGUUUUUUUUAUACUUCCUCAUGACUGGUGUCAAGUUUUUUGAAUUGUUGGACUUAUAGGGACCACAUUUACAGUGGCAGGCUCAUAUUCUGGGAAUUACUUGAUACUCCGUAUGGAUAAUUCGGAAUGAAUGCCCCUCCGCGGAUUCUCGUCGGCAUUGCCGGAAAAUCCGAUCCGUCCGAUGCGUGCGUGUGUACCGUCCGGUACGACAAGUGUGUGACUACCUUAAAGGUAGGAGGUAGAUAGCAUACGCUGUUUUGAACGACCUCAAUGACGCGACUUUUGGCGCGCUUCCGCAUAACUUGCAGGCUGCGAUUAAUCGGGUUGUCGGGCUUGCUCGCGGGACAACGAAAACUCACGAAAUUGAGAAAUGUCGUAGUUAAAUGAAAGUGUACCUACAUUAUGUAUUAAUGAAUGCGAACGUACAUGGCCUGCUGAUUUUAGAAAUUUUUGAACAUCAACUCAAGUGUUUUUUCAUUUAUUUGAUGUAGUUAUCUUAAAAUUGAUAAUCUAGUUUACUGAGCGUAAUUUUAAACAUAAUUAUUAUGUUAACAACAUUUAAAUACAUCGUUUUUAUUUUCAUUUUUAUCCAAAUUUUGAAAUAUUGACUAAAUAUGAUGAUAUUUAAGAUUAUAUUAAUUUGAGAAUGAGAUAAAUAACCAUUAUCGCGAUUGGAUAAUUUUUCUAAAACUUACAUUGAAAAUCUUAUAUCGAUAUUUUUUCCAUUCAACUAAAAAUUUUUAGACAAAUUGUUUUUUGUAGAACGCAAUAAUGGUUUUAAGUCUCGUUUUCUGUUAUUUCGAUCUACACUGAGAAAAAUAAUCUUCUAAAUAUUUAUUUUAAUAAUAUGAUAUCGUUCGAGUUUUUAUUACUAUUAAAUUUAUUAUUAUUAUUAUAAUUAUUACCUCAUUUUACUAUAUUUUGUUAUUGUUAUAUUGAUCUAAUUUAUUUCCGUUCAAUAAAACUUAAUUUGACAUUAAAUAAAAUUCUAAUUAUCCAAAUUUCCUCAGAUUUGAAGAUAAAUUUCAUUUGACAACACCGCAUAUUAUAUAUUUGUGAAUGGUCCAUAUCAGAAGUCCCGAAACUAUUUUCUGCAUACUUCCAUAUAAAAGUUAUUAUUAAAUUUCUACUAUAUUUACAAAACUUGCCGAAAAAAUUAAAAUCAAAUCCAUGAAUCACUUUAAGAAUCAUUCGUUUACACUAUUUCGAAUUUUAUUUCAUCAAAAUGCACUGAAUUAUCCAAAUCAUAAUAAAAACACGUUAAUUUAACGUUUUCGAGUUCGUAAAAUCCAUUUAUCGAGGCCCAAUUAGUCGUUUUAUCAAUAAUUGACUUGGUUAACUUCCGAUUCGGCUUUUUGAAAAAUAUGUAAGAGCUACAAUUAUUAGAAGUCUACCGUAAUUGUAGAAACAUAUCGUAUUUCGUAAAAAAUAAUUUUUUUCCAAGUUACAGGCCAUUCAAGAUUACCUAACCUCAGCUAAAGUACGGUUAACCUAAUUUAAUCGACACUUAAGUAAACCUAACCUAAUCUAAGCGAAAGUAAACCUAACCUAACAAAGAAAUGGAUCCGUUCCAUGGUCCAAUUAUUUAUUGAAUAAAUAAAAAUGUGAGAAAACGUUUUUCUACUUUUUUCUUAUUAUACGACUUCCUCCUUUAUGACCAAGCCCCUUUUUCAAGCAAUAUGCCCCCUUCAAUUGUAACCUUUGGUUCAAUUCAUAAAUCCAGUUCAAAAAGUCGAACUGGGAGUCAACCAAUUCAAUUAUUGUAAAACCGGACGUCGUUGAAUGGAUUCUACAUCACGAAAACGCUAAACUAUGAUCCCAAACCGGGCGGAUACGGUUUUAAGUUUUGCGACAGUCGAAUUACGGUGUUGCCUUAUGUCUAAUCACAACUCGACGGCUGCAGAGCCUUAGAGUGUUUGUCAAAUUAUUGUUUUGUUGAAUUGAAAUAUUUGAAAAUAUAUUAAUUUAAUGUUAUCAAUAAUAUUUUGUGCUAAAAUUUAAAUAAUAUUGGGUAAUUCGUUCGAAGAAGAUACAUUGAUUAACUAACAAUCGAUUCUCAUCUUUUAUAACCUCAAUUUUUCAAUACUUUUUCAGUACACUUCAAGAACCAUCUUGUAUAACCUAACCUAACAUAACGACAAUAUUUAAAAAAAAUUUAUGAUCCUUUUUUCUAAUUUAUUUAAAAAUAAUUUAUUUGGUUCUCUCUUGAUAAAUAAAACAUUCGCGGUUAUAAAAAAUGACAAUAAUUAAUUAUUAUCAAUAAUCUUAGCGACUUUGAACCGUAAUUUAUCUCAUUCAAAUGAACUACCCUGUAUAUUGAAAAUACGACUCCACGCUACUGAAAAUAAAAAUUAACAUCCUGUAUUAUAAUGUAAUUUAAACUUAUAAUUGUAAUAAAAUGUUACUUGUAUUAUAAUUUGUUAAAGCUCAUGUCUUCAUAAUUUAUUAAAAUCAGGUUAAAUGAGAUAUUUCAAUGCAAUUCUCAUAUUAAUUUAUUAAAUUGGUCAAAAUUAGAAAACACGCAACCAAUUUCACACGUAUGACUAAAUGUUAUGCUGGUUGCAUAAAGCUACAGUAAUAUACGACUAUUUAUCUAAAAAUGGGUUCAUUAAAAUUAUUUAUCACCAUAGAUAAAGUAACACUAGAAUGUGUGAUUCUAUAUUGAAAAUUUGUGCCAGCUAUAGAAAGAAACAGCAUAUGGUCUAAGGUAAAGUUAUCUCUGUUUCACUGCACGGUGAUUGGUGAAAUAAAAUAGUAUGAUGGAAGAAAGAAAUCAGAACUUUCUUUGUAUCUCGUUCUAACAAUGGAACACGAAUUUUAUCAAAAUCGCAUUCUCGUAUUAUGAAUAUAUUAAAAUUACACAAUAACAAUUGUCAAUAAUUUGAAAUAUAGACAACCAGUUUUACAAGAAUGUGUAGGUGCCUUGUUGGUUGCCUAAAGUUGCAGAAUUUACUAUUUAUUUAAAAACAUUAGAUUGAUAUAAAUUAUAUAACGCCAUGAAUAUAGUAAUACUAGACGGUGCGAUUUAUAUACUUUCUAUAUAGAAAAUUUGUGUAAACUCUAAAAAACUGGUAUAAGAUCUAAGAUCAUUUUAUUUUUGUUCCACUAUGCGUUGAUUGGUGGAGUGAAAUAAGGAAGUGGAGAAAUAGAAUGGUGGAAGAAAUAAAUCAGAUUGCAAUUUUGACAUUAGACAAAGAUAACUAAACUGUUGCUCCUUCUAAUAUCGGAACGCGAAUUUCAACAAAAACGCAGUCUAGUAUUACAAUGUCUAUAAUAAUGACAUAGUAAUAACUGUCAAUAUUUAAAAAUAUAGGCAACUAGUAUUACAAAACGGAUUUUAAUUAUGGAAAAAAUACUGACAAGAAAAGUAAAUAUUUCAUAAAAAGUAAGAUUAUAAAUUCACUAUUACGAAUGUUUAGAUACAAAUCAUUGAUAUAUCUCGAAUUAUCCUGUAUUUGAAUGUUGAUAGUGUUCUUUUUUUGAAAAUCUACUGAAAGGACCUUGUAAAAAUAACUUUUGCAACACAUUGCCAUGAAUUUAUAAAAACACGUAUCUGACAUAUAAAAGAAUAAUUCUAUCUGUAUGUACAUAAAUAACAUGACAUGAUUUGUAAAUAAAUAUAUAUAUAAAAUCAAUUAGUUA